UCUCGUCCAUUCUCUCUCUCCUCAUUAUUCCCUACCCUCGUCUCGCUCUUUCUCGCAUUCCUAGUCCCCCCCAGCAUUCUCUCUUUCUCGUACUCUACGUACAUUAUACGAACAACUCUUCGUCAGUCAGUACAGAGACAUCGUUGCCGGCGCCUCGUCCAUCUCACUCCCUCCUUCUCUUCUUCUUUCCUCUUUCUUUCUCUCUCUCUUCUUCCCCCGUCCUUUCAACCAUCACCCUCCCUUUAAUUUCGUUUAGUUUUUCUUUCCUCGUUAACCAUGCCGUGUUAUCAUCUCCUCCAGAACCAGCGCUUGUUUCGGAGUUUUAUUUAAACGUUCUUAUCCGCGCGCGUUUGCGCUUCGUUUAAAGUCCUUCUUUAUCCGUCUUGGUGUGCAAAGAAGAAAAUGCCGCGAAAAAUCGCGCUCCAUUUGUUAACGGUGCGACAGUGGCAGUGACAGUGUGCUCGUGUCCGAGCGACAAUUGCGUUCGCAAAAGUUGCAACGCCUGCUUUCUUUCGUGAAGUCAUCUUUUAUUCUCGUUCCCUGUUUCUCGUUACAUCGCCGAUUUGAUUUUCAAAUAAAUCCCAAAAGAUGCGACGUGCGACACAACAUAAAUAUGUAAAUAUCGUCACCUUUUCCGCAAUCCUUUCGCCGUGACUUCGCUUUCCGCGAUGUGUGCGUGAGUAGCUCCUGCAACAAACAGUUGGGUUGCAAGCGGACGAAGAGCUUGCGUCCUUGAAAGAAGAACGGCGCUCAAUAAACCAGCAUGGAGCCGAAGGAAGGAGUCUUCGGUAGCAAUAUCUCGAAAACGGAUGUACGGCCUAAUCGAGACUCAUUUAAGGGUGACGUGGAAGAAGCGAAUGCAGGAAACGUGCGAGUUCUGUCUGUCGAUAAAGUUACUGUUGAAAAAAUCGUCCUCGAAUCGUCGAAUGGAUCGCGAGAAGUAUUGCUGACGAAGAACGAGACUUCGAGGAAACUGUCUCUGAGUUCGGAAACGACGUCAAAUGUUGUCAAAUGUGUGAAAGACGAGCGGCAGAAAUCGGCGAGUAACGAGAGAUUUCGAGUCUCGUUACAGGAAGACGCGUUCACGUCAAAGUCAAAAGAUACUGGUUUUAAGACCGUCCAAUCGAAACUUCCUAUUCCGAAGAGCCGGAAGAGCAACGGUAUUUCAAGUGUUUCAGGCGAAGAGACUAGGAUCAAGCCGAUUAAGUUUGCUAAAAGUCCAUCGAUCAAUAGCAUCGUGAUCGAAGGCUUGAAUUCGACGAAUGCAAUUGUCAAGAAGAAUACGGCGCCACCGAAGGUCCCGGAGAGAUCUGCAACUAAAAAUGAGCACGAUUCAUCUUUGAUAGCGACUUCGGUCUCUUUCACGAAGGCAGAAUCUUCAGAAGAUUUAUCGUCGAAAAGGGAAAAAGUUGUUGACAAGGUAGUGGCUGAGGUUAACCAAGAGCAAGAACUUUUCGAGACGAAAGACGUUGCGGAUGAUAAAAAAGGUGACGGCGGUAUAAGCUCCGCCGAAAUCGAUAAACACAAUGAGACGUUUGAGGCGACGGACGUGAACUGCAAACGUGAAUCAGACGAGAUUAAAAAGCAGGACGACGUUGAUAGUCGCGGAGUUGACAGAGACGUGCGGGAUCGCUUGGAGAAGAGUCAGGCGACUAUCGACGAUCUUCAAAAGAAUCUGAGCACCAAGAUUCACGCCAGCACCGCGCAAAGCUACAAAGAGAAACUGUUGGGCCUUCAGGCGAAUUACGCUCUGAAGCCGCCGGUUAUUGCGGAUUCGAACUGCAGCGAGAGAUUAAGUCCCAGAUUCGACAAGGAUUUUCUCGAGAGGCACAAUCUGGAUAAACGGCUGAAGAUCGAGGAGAAGAGGCUGCUGGAAACCGAUCUCGAUUACACGUCCGACAACGACAGAGCCAGCGAGACCGACGAACGAUCGUCGAGUAAGGUCGACGUCAAACGAAAAUACAGCGAGAAAGUGACGGAGGUGGAGAAACGGUGGUCCGGGGAAUAUCUGGAUAAUCGCUUGCAACGGAAUUCCUCGGAAUCUUCGAAGUCGUCUUACGUCGAGGAAUUCGGCAGCGUGUCUUCGCGCGAGAGUAUCGUCGAGGAUCGCGACGCUCGGUUGCUUUUUGACCGGAAGCAUCCGGAAGCGAAGUUCACAGAGAGGCGAACAUCGAUCGACGAGUCGAAGAAACGAACUUCGGAGGAGAUUCUUGAGAACAGUACCGUGAGCACUGUCGACUCCGAUUCGUGUCUGGAGGAUAGAAUCAAGGCAGUCGAUGAGGACAUCGCCCAGGUGGCGAAUCGAGAAGACGAAAUACAGACGGAUGAUAAUGACGAUAUCGAUGAAUCUGAUCGAGCUUACGGCGACGAGGAAGAUAAGGAUUGCGUUCGAAAUAAACAAGUAGAGAGAGAUACAAAAAAAAUUGUCACAACAACGGCGAUAGUUCACGAAGAUCUAAGCUUAAGAGAAGAAAAUAUUAAAAGUGACGCAAUUAACGUUACUAGCGAUUCAAACUCGAACGAAGUAAAGAAUAAUUGUAAAAAGGAUAUCGAGGAAGCAAAAAAUGAGAUACUUCUUGCCGAUAGAAAGAAUCUUUUAACUGAAAAGAAGAACGACAAAAUUUCCAAUUCUUUUACAGUUAAUUCGAAAGAAUCCAUUGAUCCGACUUUCGUUCGGAAUCACAGCGGCAAAGACGGUUACGCAAAUCUUAUAAAGGAAUUCACGAUGGAGGCGGGAUCGUCUAAGGUGAAGAAGGAAGAAAAGCAGAAGAAAAAGCUCGGCUUUCGGCGUCUAUUACCGGCUAUUUUCUCCCCGAAGGAUUCUCGAAAGGAUUACAAGAAGAAGGAGCAGAAGGAGCGAAGGAGGUACGAAGAGCGACAUUUUACUCGUUAUCAGCAAAAUGGAAAUUACACGAGGUCGCCGGACACGAUGAACCUGAACGAGGACAUCAAGAGAAAUGUCAAACUGGACAACAGUCUGAACGGUUCCAUCAUCGAGGAGAGAUUGGACGAGAUCAAGCGCGAAUUGUUUCCCGAGCAGGGACCAAUUACCAGUACACCCGAUCACUUCCUUCAAACGGACGACACGCGACUUCUUCGCGAGAGAACUCGAGGUCAAAGGACGUACACCGCUGACUCCAGUCUCAGCUCGAUCGCGCCGGACGAGAAAUGGUUGGAGCGAAGCGGACAGUUCGGUAUCUCGGCCGAUAUCGAGCAGAAUACCGCUCGAUACCGGAAGUACGAGCAGAAGCAGAGACGCGAGGAGCAGGACAUCCGGCGAUACGGCCAUCUGGAGCGCAAGCACAGUCUGCAAGAGCCGAGUCACGGCGCGCGUACUUACAUUUUCCAGAGAAAUCACGGUGCCUCCGGUCGAAUCUCGGCGCCGCCCGGAGAACGGUAUUUACGGUCACGAGUUAUUCAUCCCGUCGACAGGCCGCUACCUGAAAUCCCACAGUCGCGAAUCGAGCUGUCGAACUACGAAAAUUACCAGGACGGCGUUGAUCAGCUGUGCGACAAUCUCAGCGGGUUUGACGUUGCUGACAACGUGGAUUACCGUAGUCAGUCCGGGUUUUACCAGAAUGACAGGAGCCUCGAGGUAGGUCUGAUCCACAGUCCGCCGCAGUCGGUCGCUGCGCAAGUUAAAAUCACUCGACAACCGAUCGUGAAUCAAAAUCAGAGAGCGCCAUUGAUUGGGAGAAGCACGAAGUAUCCGUCGUCCGGUUCUAGCCAAAAGUCCGGCGAUUAUGCCGACUCGAGUUGUACACCUAACUCGAGUCAGAAGAGCGAGUUCUCGCCCACUAGCUCGAAGAGCGGCGAGUACUAUUUGAACUCGCCUCGUAGCAGCGCUCGAACUUCGCCUGCCGACCGGCCGCUCUUCGAAGAUGCGCGUGAAGGGAUUUACGAGAACCAAGGUCAAACCACGACUUCACAGUCUUCCGAUAACUACAUCGAGGAACACGUCUACGAUGAAACUCCGUCGUCACCGUGUCGCGAGGAACAUUUUACGAGCACGGAAGCAUCGGAAUGUACAGCGGAGAAUUCGCCGGAGAAGACAGACGAUUUGGUCUUCGAACAGAAAUGUUUAUCGAAUCAACAAUCGCCCUCGAAGAAUUGUUCUUUUCAGUAUUGCGAAGAUAAUGAAAAUGCUCGAACGGAGUCGAAACGUGAAGUCGAAAAAUCGCGUGAAGAUUGUUUAAAGAGUCACGAGAACGCUGACACAAAUUUGAAGAAUGACUCAUUAGCGUGCAAUCAAGCUGAGAGAUUAUCCAUUCAGAGCGUAUCACUAUCGAAACCUGGGUCGACAAUAGCGAUGUCCCCGUCGAUGGGAUCUCGAGCUCGGAGAUCACAGCCCGACGAUCAAAUCUUGAUAGCUUCGCCCAAGCGAGAAGUCAUCUGCCAGUCACGAGUUUCUCGGCCAUUGAACGAGGCCAGGCUCUGUGACGCGGAAUCGCCCGUUCCUAUAGCGGAUUCGCGCAACGGUAUCUCUGGCAUUGUUCCAAUUGAAGCGCGAAAUCAGUACGGCGGCCAGAAUUCUUCCCCCACGGGAAGAUCUAUGAGACAAAUGAGUACAUUGUCCUCCUUCUCGAAGGGUAUCUCGCGUCCCGAGCCGAUUUACGGACAUCGCGGACAGCCGAGUCCAUCUCGCAGUAACGCGGUAACUUUGGAGAUGAGAGAAGGCGGACGCGAGAACGAUCAGUUGCUGCCACCCGAUUCGUACGGUUCGACCAAGCCGUGCCGCGACAUCGACGAGAGAAUAGCUCGGGUUCAAGGUCGGAAUUCGACAUCGCAAAGUCCACAGUCGUGCGUCUCGGAGACCAAACAAAUGGUUAACGAGCCGGCGAGAGGAGUAGCACGGUCCCCGAUACGCGAACCGGCUCGAGAUAUUUGUCAACAACGGCGACUCGAUGCCGCUCAGCAACAGCGAACUCCGUUCACGGCGACCGCGUCGUCGUUGGAGGCUCCUCAGUCGUCGCCGACUGCGAGUCAGGACAAGAUGUACAUAAGCGCGAGUUCGCUUCAGCGAGAGCCGAUUUACGAGCAACGCCAACGGCAGUAUCCACCACAGCAGCCACCGCGACAAGUUCAAGAGUUGUACGUUCAACGAGUCGCCGACACGACGUGCGGUCAGCAAAGUCAUCCGACUUGCGGACUAUUAUCGCCCUCGAAGAAAGAGACCAGGCAGCAUUUGGAGGCAUUUUAUUGGCAGCAAAAGGCGCUGGAGGCGCAUCGGAAGUCGGCCAUCCCGUCGGCCACCCCAUCGGCGAGCCCCGGUCCGAGGCAAAUCGCGCCGAAGAUCGAUUUGCCAGAAAUGAGAGAGGCGGUGUAUUGGCAGCAGUUGAAGAGAUUGGACGAGGAGCAGCAACGGCGGAUCUACGAGCAGAAUAUGAUGGAGGACGGGCUGUGCGAAACGUAUCACAAGACGAGAACGGGAAGCCCCGCGAUGCAGACCGCGUCACCAAAUCAAGCAUUCAAUUUCAACAUGACGGCGCUCGGCCCUGUUACUCACGGGGACGGAUCUUACUGGAGUAACGUGCAGCAACGUCUCAAGAUGAGUCCGACCGGAAAACCGCCGUUAAUGCAAGCUCAAAAGGGCCAGAAUCAACCGGUACUGAUAGUUAGGCCGCAGCAGGCGCUGCGAGAUCGUCAGGAGAUGUCGAUAAAGUCUAUAAACCCGCGUGAUCCCGCGGUAUACGACGCGCAGAGAUCGAAGAGCGCUUCCCCGCAUUUCCACAGAGGCGACAUCGAGCGCACCAGUCUUCACGUGACGUGCAGAAAACCUGUCGCGGAUAGAAGAACCGGCACGGCAUCCCCGGCGAGGAGACCGGAAGUCGGCGGAGUUUACGAGGAAGACGGUAACGACAGCGAGGGCAGACCUCGACCACAUCCUAUAUUUAAGAGAGGAAGCCUGAUAGGAGGCGACUCGAUAGACCAGUACGGAAGUACUGGUCCCAAGAGAGUCAGUUUCUCUAAUCAGCCGAACGCCGGGCCGGAUUUAGCGGCUGGCAACUGGCCGACCAAACGUGGAACGGCACCCGAGCCGCCCACCAGGCGACACAAAAGCGAGGACAGCGCCUCGGAUACCGACUCGGUGUUUUUGCAUCAAGAUCGACACGACGGAACUCAGGACGCUUCCUACGUCACCCGCAACGCGGGCCCGUCUUCGAGGUGUCGCUCGGACGGCAGCUGCUCGGAGCAGGAGUACGACGCUAACAAACCUCUGCCUCCUCUGCCUAAGGACUCCUUGAUAAUCACCCGCCGUGGAAACAGUGCCAGGAAUUACGUCUGCAACGACGCCCGAUGGAACAACGAGGAGCAACGCGGCAGCCGGCGAAAGCGGGGUGGUGAGUCUUGA